AUGACUUCGUUUAUAACACAACUAUACACAGUCGCUUUUAUUGUUACAGCAUGUAUUGCUUUAAUUCGCUACCUUAUCCAUAGACUUUCAAAUACCAAGCAGCCAUAUUUAGCUAAAAUAAUGCAUAGCGAUAAUAUAUUAAGUGGCUCAUUUCUCAAAGAAUCCGAUACCGGCCACCAGUUAACUCCUCUAGAAGCUCGAGCUUUAUCGAACUUACAGCUUGCAGCAACAUUUGGUAUCCGUAAUUCGUUUACAACGACAGAGGAAAAUACCCACAGAGAAUUUCGAAAACGGGCUGCACAACGACUAAAUUUAACUGAAAGCGAGUGGAAGGCUAUUGCAUGCAAAGCGCAACUGGUCAUUUCAUCAUAUUUACAGAUUUCGCUCCAACAAACCAAUAGCUUGCAUCUGAAAGUGUCUCUACCUUCUAUGGUACGAGUUGUGGUUCUUAAAGUUGUCCUCAGUACAAUGUUUGAUGAAUACCAAACGCAUUCACUCCCCCCAGAUCAGGAAUACCACGUACUUGAUCAAGUUUCCGACAUGAUUAACAAACUUUGGAUCUUAUCCAAGCAGGGUUCUACAAAUUCAGAGUCCCUGUUAAAUCAGCUUAAUGCACAUUUAAACUGCUUGUUGCCGGAAGCAUACAGCUACCCAUUGAACUUUAUCUUACCCUCCUUUGAAACGAUGUGGCGCGUAACAUUGCGGGGAGUUAUGGAGUUACGGUUUCGUGAUUGUGAAACCUGGAACUCGCAUUAUCAGCGUAUGUUCAAGGAUAUCUUGAACAACCCCACGCUGCAAACAAUGAAAAAGUUUGAUAAUGAAUAUGGUGCAUCGGUAGAGAAUAUAGUGGACGAGAUGCUGCGUCUCUAUCCACCCACACGACGCAUUCACAGAGCAAUUUCUGCUUCUGAUGGUCGCUCGCCUAUUAUCGCGUCGGUUGAUAUAGAAAGCCUGCAUCGGGAUCCUGAAAUAUGGGGAAAGGAUUCAUUAUGCUUCAGACCCACUCGUUGGCGCAGCGGACUUAGCGAAACGCAGCACGCAGCAUUCUUUCCAUUUGGUAAAAAAAUGUUCGUUUGCCCUGCAAAACCAUCUUUUGCCCCUCGGAUGUUGGCCAUUCUUGUGGGCGCUAUCUCAAUAGGGAUAGAGCAAGCUACUUUGGAGUGGAAUAAAGAAACGAAUAGUUUCAUUGAAAAACAACCAAUCAGCAAUCGCCGAGAGGAUUUGAACACUCUCAAUAUCUCUUAUCAUAAAUCAAAUUUUCCUACUUUAGCAGAUACUUCUAAAUUGCAGCUUGAUAACCACAUAAGUGGGUAA